AAGGCUGAGUCGAACAGGGAGGAGGAGGACCGAGGGAAGAAGAGAAGGCAGGGUGAGGGAGGAGGCGGAGGGAGUGCACGCGGUGAGUGCGCGGCUGGGUUCGCUGGAUGAGAGCGAAGAGGGGGUGUGCAUCGGCACCAAGAGGGACCCGGGGCCGGCGAGACCGAUCGCAGGUCUGGGAGAUAGAACGAGAGCAGGGCGCCGGCCCAGGCAGGCGGAGGAGUGCGCUUCAAACAGGCACUGGGGUGCGCGGUCCCAGCCCCUGCAUCUCGGGAGCUAGGUCUCCCGUGCUGGGGACAGCCAGGCUGGAAGUCCCAGGAGGAGGGAAGGGAAGAACUAGGGGGCUGGGAGCUGGGAAAGGGUCGCUCCGAGGCCUCUUGGAUGGGGGGUGCGGCUCGCCUGAGCGCCCCUCAAGCGCUGGUACUCUGGGCCGCACUGGGAGCGGCAGCUCACAUCGGACCUGCACCUGAUCCCGAGGACUGGUGGAGCUACAAGGAGAAUCUCCAGGGAAACUUCGUGCCAGGGCCUCCCUUCUGGGGCCUGGUGAACGCUGCCUGGAGCCUAUGCGCUGUGGGAAAGCGGCAGAGUCCCGUGGAUGUGGAGCUGAAGCGGGUUCUUUACGACCCUUUUCUGCCCCCACUCAGGCUCAGCACCGGGGGAGAAAAGCUCCGGGGAACCUUGUACAACACUGGCCGCCAUGUCUCCUUCCUACCUGCAUCCCGCCCUGUGGUCAACGUGUCUGGGGGUCCUCUUCUUUAUAGCCACCGACUCAGUGAACUUCGGCUGCUGUUUGGAUCUCGAGAUGGGGCUGGCUCUGAACACCAGAUCAACCACCAAGGCUUCUCUGCUGAGGUGCAGCUAAUCCACUUCAACCAAGAACUCUACGGGAAUCUCAGUGCCGCCUCAAGGGGCCCCAAUGGCCUGGCUAUUCUCAGCCUCUUUGUCAAUGUGGCUGGCAGCUCCAACCCAUUCCUCAGUCGCCUCCUCAACCGGGACACCAUCACCCGAAUCUCCUACAAGAAUGAUGCCUACUUUCUUCAAGACCUGAGCCUGGAGCUCCUGUUUCCAGACUCCUUUGGCUUCAUCACCUAUCAGGGCUCUCUCAGCACCCCUCCGUGCUCCGAGACUGUUACCUGGAUCCUCAUCGACAGGGCUCUCAAUAUCACCUCCCUCCAGAUGCACUCCCUGAGGCUCCUGAGCCAGAACCCCCCAUCCCAGAUCUUCCAGAGCCUCAGCGGUAAUGGCCGGCCCCUGCAGCCCUUGGCCCACAGAGCCUUGAGGGGUAACAGGGACCCCCGGCACCCCGAGAGGCGCUGCCGAGGCCCCAACUAUCGCCUGCAUGGUAUGCUUCAUGUGUACUCUCCUUCUCGAUACAGUCCGCAUUAUUCCAGGGCUAUCUGUGGGACACAUUCCUCAGUCCGUUCUCCCACUCCCCACCGAGACACCUGUUUUCCUUGUGGUACAAUUACAUACUCAUCCAUGCCCUCUGCCUACCAGCACUUUCCAAGAUGGUACGGUCCAAGUCACCUGUUUACAAAUGGUAUGACCCUACUUAUGGCUAGAGUCUUGUCUUGGCUAUCCCCUUUCUCAAAGUCAACGUGGUACAAUCCCUCUGUCUUCUUCACUGUCCCCGGAAAUCCUCUCAACAGGGUACGAUAGUACAGUCCAGACUCCCAUUUUUUCCCCCCUUCGUGUACAACAACCUAAUCUGCACGUCCCAUCUGACCCUCUUCCCUCCCUAAAUGGUUCGAUCCAGGUGCUAUUUCCCCCAAUUUGGUUUAUUCAGCCUCCUUUAGCAGCCAGACUGUGGUAGAGCCUUAUGUGCUCAGACUCCCCACCACAAGCCGGCGCCUUCUC